AUGGACACAAGACAUAUGAACCAGAUGCUGAACAGCUCUGUUAUGGCCAAUUCCCAUUCUGCAACUUCGAGUUUUCACCAGCGAUUGCCGAAGAUUGACCUGCCGUGGUUCAAUGGUGAUUUUUCACGUUGGUUAUCAUUCAGGGAUACCUUUGUGUCAAUGGUACAUUCGAACGCUGAUAUUCCAACGGUCGCCAAGCUGCAAUACCUGAUGCAAUCGCUGGAGGGGGAGGCGAGAAAACCAUUUGAGUCGGUGGACAUAGAAGCCGACAACUAUGCGUCAACGUGGGAUGCACUUCUGAAGAGGUACCACAAUCGUCGUUUUCUCAAGCGUCAAUUGUUGAAGAGGCUCUACGAUUUGCCAGCAGUGAAACAGGAAUCUGCUACGCGAUUGCACAGUCUGAUCGACGACUUUCAACGCCAUGUGCGGGCAUUGGCGAAAUUGGGUGAAGCUGUGCAACAUUGGGAUACACCGCUGGUGAAUAUGCUGUCGUAUAAGCUGGAUCCGUCCACAUUACGAAGUUGGGAAGAGAAAACGAGCAACAAGGAUGACAUGACACACCAGGAGCUGGCCGAAUUCCUCUAUCAACGUGUGCGCGUUUUAAAUUCUGUCGGACCUGGGGUUCAACAACCGGUACAUACGAAGGUGACCGGUCAGAAUUGGAAAGAUUCGAAGGUGAAGUUCGCAGCAAACACUGCUGCAAUGUCCAACCAAUCUCCGUCAUGUCUACUAUCGUGCUCAGACAAUCAUUAUUUACACAACUGUCCAGUGUUUCUAGCGAAGACCGUGCACCAGCGCCGACAGCUGGCCUCGCAGAAACGAUUAUGCUGGAAUUGUCUAUGCUUUGGUCACCAAGCUAGAAAGUGUGGAUCGAAGUACAAGUUUCGUACGUGUCACGACAAACAUCAUACGCUGCUGCAACGAAGCUCGAGUUUCUCAUUUUGGGGCAACCAUCCGCAGAGCUGCCAACCAUGCCGAUUGACAUAUCGGCUUGGAAUCUUCCGCAAGUCACGCUUGCAGAUCCAUGUUUCCACGUCCCAGGAAGGAUAG